GGAAGCGCGUUGGGCUGGUCUCGCUGAGCGCCGCCUGCGUUUCCGGGGGGCCUUGAGCUUGGCGCUUGAGUUUUUCGGUAGGCGGCGCGGGAGGAAAAGAAGUUUUGAGGGGCCGGACCGGGCGUAUCCCCUCCUCUUCCCAAUGUGAGCCUUUUUUCCGGACCCUUGUCAGGCCAAGGCUGUCCCGAGAGGUGGAGCCGGUGGCCGCGCCGGGAACAUGAGGCAGUGUCUCUUUCUGACCAGUUUGGUUUUUUCCGUGCUGGCGCCUCGACCUCCGGAUGCUCCGGGCUUCGGCUCCCCGCAGCGACUUGGGAAGCUUGAUUCUUUGCUCUCAGACUACGAUAUCCUCUCUUUGUCUAAUAUCCAGCAGCACUCCGUAAGGAAAAGGGAUCUACAGGCCUCAACACAUUUAGAAACACUACUGACUUUUUCAGCUUUGAAAAGGCAUUUUAAAUUAUACCUGACCUCAAGUACUGAACGCUUUUCACAGAAUUUCAAAGUUGUGGUAGUGGAUGGCAAAGAUGAACAUGAGUAUGCUGUAAAAUGGCAGGACUUCUUCAGUGGACACGUGGUUGGUGAGCCUGACUCUAGGGUUCUAGCACACAUAGGAGAUGAUGAUGUUACAAUAAGAAUCAACACAGAUGGGGUAGAAUAUAACAUAGAGCCACUUUGGAGAUUUGUUAAUGAUACUGAAGACAAGAGAGUGUUAGUUUAUAAAUCUGAAGAUAUCAAGAAUGUCUCACGUUUGCAAUCUCCAAAAGUAUGUGGUUAUUUAAAAGUGGAUAAUGAAGAGUUGCUUCCAAAAGGGCUUGUAGCCAGAGAGCCAUCUAACGAGUUUGUUCGUCGGGUGAAGAGAAGAGCUGACCCUGAUCCCAUGAAGAACACAUGUAAAUUAUUGGUGGUAGCAGAUCAUCGGUUUUAUAAACACAUGGGCAGAGGGGAAGAGAGCACCACUACAAACUACCUAAUAGAGCUAAUUGACAGAGUUGAUGAUAUAUAUCGGAACACUUCGUGGGAUAAUGCAGGUUUUAAAGGUUAUGGGAUACAGAUAGAACAGAUUCGCAUUCUCAAGUCUCCACAAGAGGUACAACCUGGUGAAAGGCACUACAAUAUGGCCAAAAGUUACCCACAUGAAGAAAAGGAUGCUUGGGAUGUGAAAAUGUUGCUAGAGCAAUUUAGCUUUGAUAUAGCUGAGGAAGCUUCUAAAGUCUGCCUGGCACAUCUUUUCACAUAUCAAGAUUUUGAUAUGGGAACACUUGGAUUAGCUUAUGUUGGCUCUCCCAGAGCAAACAGCCAUGGAGGUGUUUGUCCAAAGGCUUAUUAUAGUCCAGUUGGAAAGAAAAAUAUCUACUUGAAUAGUGGUUUAACCAGCACAAAAAAUUAUGGUAAAACCAUCCUUACAAAGGAAGCUGACCUGGUUACUACUCAUGAAUUGGGACACAAUUUCGGAGCAGAACAUGAUCCGGAUGGUCUAGCAGAGUGUGCCCCGAAUGAGGACCAGGGAGGGAAAUACGUCAUGUAUCCCAUAGCUGUGAGUGGCGAUCACGAAAACAAUAAGAUGUUUUCAAACUGCAGUAAACAGUCCAUUUAUAAGACCAUUGAAAGUAAGGCCCAGGAGUGUUUUCAAGAACGCAGCAACAAGGUGUGUGGGAACUCCAGGGUAGAUGAAGGAGAGGAGUGUGACCCUGGUAUCAUGUAUCUGAACAAUGACACUUGCUGCAACAGUGACUGCACGUUAAAACCAGGUGUACAGUGCAGUGAUAGAAACAGCCCUUGCUGUAAAAAUUGCCAGUUUGAGACCUCCCAGAAGAAGUGUCAGGAAGCCAUUAAUGCUACCUGCAAAGGCGUUUCAUACUGCACAGGGAAUAGCAGUGAGUGCCCCCCACCAGGAAAUGCGGAAGAUGACACAGUGUGCUUGGAUCUUGGCAAGUGUAAGGAUGGAAAAUGCAUCCCUUUCUGUGAGAGGGAGCAGCAACUGGAGUCCUGUGCGUGCAAUGAAACUGACAACUCAUGCAAGGUGUGCUGCAGGGACCUUUCUGGCCGGUGUGCACCUUACGUUGAUGCUGAACAAAAGAACUUAUUUUUGAGAAAAGGGAAGCCCUGUACAGUAGGAUUUUGUGACAUGAAUGGCAAGUGUGAGAAACGAGUACAGGACGUAAUUGAGCGAUUUUGGGAUUUCAUUGAUCAGUUGAGCAUCAAUACUUUUGGGAAGUUUUUAGCAGACAACAUCGUUGGAUCUGUCCUGGUUUUCUCCUUGAUAUUUUGGAUUCCCUUUAGCAUUCUUGUCCACUGUGUGGAUAAGAAAUUAGAUAAGCAGUAUGAAUCUCUGUCUCUGUUCAAUCCAAGUAACGUUGAAAUGCUAAGCAGCAUGGAUUCAGCAUCAGUUCGCAUUAUCAAGCCCUUUCCUGCACCCCAGACUCCUGGCCGCCUGCAACCAGCCCCCUUGUUGCCACCAGUGUCUGCGGCUCCAAAGCUAGACCACCAGAGAAUGGACACCAUCCAGGAAGACCCUAGUACAGACUCACAUGUGGAUGAGGAUGGCUUUGAGAAGGACCCCUUCCCCAACAGCAGCACAGCCGCAAAGUCCUUUGAGGAUCUCACGGACCACCCAGUUACCAGGAGCGAAAAAGCUGCCUCCUUCAAGCUACAGCGUCAGAACCGUGUGGACAGCAAAGAGACAGAGUGCUAGUGUAGGGAUCCAUGGCCUUAGCUCUGGCUUACAUGCACAGAAUAUUUUUAUAGAAUUGACCUCAAAUCACAGCAUAUUAUUUUGUGAAGAUCUGGGAGGAAUGAGGAAGUGACUUAACAGCAGAUGCUGGUCAUGUGUUUGAGCUUCCUUAUAGGCUGUGCUAUGUGGUUAAGCCCUUUUCUUUUUGAAGAGGUAAGGUGAAUUUGGCUUAUUUUGAGGCUUUCAGAUUUUAGCUUUUUUUGAUCUUUAAAUAUUCUUUGACCUGUGGUGCAGAAAAACAGAAAAUACAGCUAGAUACACUGUAAUGAUCCCGACUAUAAAGAGGCAUUUGCCAGCUGUCUGCCAGGACAACUGGAACACAUUUUUUUGCCUUCAAGUAAAGGCAAAGGAGAUGCAUGUCAUCCAAAAUGUGGGUGUUUCCAGGUGUUACACAGAGCUUUUCACAAACAGGAGAGUUGUACAUACAUGCAAACAGUUUGGGUUAAUAUGGCCCCUCAUAGUCCUAAGGGUAGUACUUUCUAGGACUGAAAGUCUAGCUUGUGAUGAGCUUUGCAAGGAACAGCCAGUUGGAUUUAUAGCUCUCCUGUCAACUGUUCAGGUCCCCAAUUUUCUGGGUGGGUUUUUCUGUUUUAUAAAAGUGUCUUCAUGUACCCCUAAUAUUGUUUGCCAUGCUUCCCCCCAAAACCCUAAACUACUGAAAAAUAUCCAAAAGAACAUGGCUGCAUGUUUUGAACAUGAAUAGGUUAAGAGGGUGUUAGAGAGACUUUUCACUAGAGUAGGUGUGACAGGCCCAAGUGUGCUGAGCUAGCCAGGAGUGAAGGAAGGUACUGCCAGCUAUGGCCUGGGGACCAGCCCCGUAAGAACUGACCCUUCGUAAACCCUUCUUAUUGACCCACAAAGUAGGUUCUGAAAUGACUUCUUGCUUUAGUGCUUCAGGAUUCUGGAUGGUCUGCAUCUACUGUGGGAAGGAUAAAAAUCAUUAGCCUGAAUUCUGUAAAAUCUAGUUAAGAGCUUCUUUUCUCCUGCGAAUGGAAAUGUGCUCAGCAGCCAACACAUUUUAACCAAGGUAACUUGUAAACUUUCAGGGCAAUUAACCAAACCUGUGCCUUUUUUUCCCCUCUAAGGAUAUUUGUUACGCAAAUCCUUGUUACACUAAUACUUGAACUUGUACCUUAUGGUAUUUGCUAUCUUUUAAGUAGUUAUGAUAUUCUUACUUUUAGAAUUUGAUAUAAGGUGAAUGGGGUGUGUGGGUGCAUGUAUGAGAGUGAAACAGUUCUUAGCAGAAUGUAAGAAAGCGGUUUUUUUUUAUAAAAUUGUGACUUUUUUAAAAAAAAAAAACAAAACUGUCUUUACCUUUUUUGCCAUUUAGGAUUAACAAACUGCUCAGGGUAUAUUAUGUAGCUGUGGCAUUG